ACCUCCAAACCACAAGAUACUCUCCCUCAGUUAGCCCGACCCACUAUCCACCGCAUAUUUUUGUCUUUUUUUUUUAACGUCGUUGAUUUUAUCUCUGUUUUUGAUUUUAUUUGAACUGCAUUUCCUCCUCCACAAUGACAUACGAGACCCCUUCCACCAUCUCCAAGAUUGACGAGUGCACCGCUUACGAAAAAGGUGUCUUACUCAGAAAUAAAUACCGGUUCGUCAAGUCCAUCCAACAAGGCUCGUAUGGUAACGUUUCGUUAGCCCUCGAUACCACAACCAACACUGAGGUCGCUAUCAAGGCCAUGAACAAAUCCGUCCAUGGCGUUACCCCUGUCGCCAGACACGAAGUGUCUAUCUUGUCCAGACUUGGAUACCACCCAAACAUCUGCCAGUUGUUGGAUUCGUUUGAAACUUCCAGCACCACCUACCUUGUGUUGGAAUACUGCAGCGGUGGUGACUUACACGACAGAUUACACUCCCAGGGUGGCUUGUCUUCUUUCACCGUCUACAAGUUAGCUUCGCAAUUGAAGGAAGCUUUGAAUCACUCCCACCAACGUGGCGUUUAUCACCGCGAUAUAAAACCGGAGAACAUCUUGUUUUCUGCUAACGGUGAUGCGAAGUUGGCUGACUGGGGCUUGGCCACAUUGGCCCGUUCGUCCUAUGAUUCUUCGGUUGGCACUGAGAAGUACAUGGCGCCUGAGUGCUUCGUCUCUUCCACCAAAUACGACACUCUUUACGCCGAUUACUGGUCCUUCGGCAUGACCCUUUUGUUCGCCAUAUUUGGCAAGGCUCCGUUCACCAAACCACACCCAAAGGCCGACAAUAACUUCAAGUUAUUCUCCGUGAAGCGUGGUGGUAGCGACAAUAAUGACAUGGACGUCCUCUACGAUAUUUACCCAGACAUGUCUGCCGGGUGCCUUGAAGCCUUGGUUCCUGUCUUGUCUUUAAUUCCGUCGUCGAGAAAUCUUGAAAAGUGCGUCGACUUGUUGAAUGAUAACUGGUCCUGCGGCUUGACCGUGGACGAAGAGUACGAGUUGGAAAUGUGUGAAGCUUAUUCCGACGAGGACGAUAUGUUUGAGAUGGAUGAUGCAGCCUACGACGAUGUGAUUGUCCCAUACACGUCCAAGGAAAUCUCCACUCUUUCUUCGAUCGUGGAUGAUUUUUCUACUUCCACCGCUGCUACUUCUGUCACUUCCAUUGCUAUCCCAAGCACCAAGGAAACGGCUACCGCUCCAGGUAUUGCUCCGUCUCAGUUUGCCUCUCAACCGCCACCUUCCUUGAUUGGCAACUCUUACAUGGGCAAGUCAUGGUCUGACAUUGAGGACGAAGACGAUGAUGAUUUCUUCUUCCAAUUUGAAAGCAUGAGCUUGUCUCAAUCGGCUCAAAAGCCCGCCACUGUUGGCGCUGAACCUGUUGCCGUUAACUGCAAUACCAAGCUGACACCAAGUAUUGCUAUUGGUAGUGCUGUUACUUCUGGCGUCACUGCCAGUGGUGAAAGAAACUUUAACUGGUUUUAAGGUUUCAGUUACGAUGGCUGUCCCCAUAUCUUUCAGCUCCCCCUCUCUAAAGAAAGACACUGCCUGUUUAUCCUACACGACUAAUGAUGUUAAUGACUUCUCUCCUUUAUUUCUCUUUUACUUUCUCUUUUUUUUUUGAUAACUAGGCUUUUAUUUAUGGGGUUUCCCAACAAGCAAUCCUUCCGAAGCCUAAAAAACCCAAA